CCACAAAGAAGUCGAGACAAGUUGUUGUCAGACAAUCGUGGCUCAAUGUGUACAACACUGAAAGUAUAGGGGAGGAAAUCGAUGUCUUUAAAAAAUAUAUAUAUUAGAUACUCGCAAUAGACAUGACGGAAAUGUUUUCAAAUCUGUAUGGGCAAAAUGAAGCUCAGGGACCUCCCGGAUCAUCGUCUUUGGGAUUCGGACCGGGAAAACCACCACCGCCUCUGCCGCCAAAUCAAGUCACGAUGGCGGCUCAGAUGCCACCUCAGCACGGGGAUGAGGGGCCUGCUCUACGGAAGCCGGGAGCAAUGAACGAACCUUUUUAUUUACUGCGAGAGCUACCAGUGGGCAAUGAGCUGACGGGCAACACCAACCUAAUCACCCAUUACAACCUGGAACACGCCUACAACAAGUUCUGUGGCAAGAAGGUUAAGGAGAAGCUCAGCAACUUCCUGCCAGAGUUACCAGGUAUGAUAGACUGUCCUGGCACCCAGGAUGGCAGUUCGUUGCGCUCUCUGAUAGAGAAGCCUCCAGUGUGUGGCAACUCCUUCAGCCCUCUGACCGGAGCCAGCCUCACCGGCUUCAGACUGCACACCGGACCUCUACCAGAGCAGUACAGACUGAUGCACAUCCAGCCCCCAAAGAAAAAGAGCAAAAACAAGCACAAACACCACCGACCACAAGAUCCCAUACCGCAAGAAACACCGUCAGACUCUGACCCCAAGAAGAAGAAGAAAAAGAGGGAUGAUGACCCCGAUCGCAAGAAGAAAAAGAAGGACAAGAAAAAGAAGAAGAACCGCCACAGUCCGGACCACCCUGGCUUGGCUGGCUCUCAGCCCAACAGCAACAGCCUCCGAUAGACCAGACAGACACUGUGUGUGUGUGUGUGUGUGUGUGUGAGGAGCAGCGAGUGAAUGUGUUUGAAGAGAGUCAGGAACUGUUUGUGAGAAUGUAUGCAGAUACGAGAGAUUAUGCAUGUGUGAGAGAGGGAUACGCAAAUGUCUGUUUGUACUGUAUGUGAGUUGGUGAGAAAGGUCACGUGUGUAGGUGGCAGAUUGGAUGUGCGCAUGGUAGAGUAAUGUUGUUACAGUAUGACAGAAGGCCACUGUGAUGUUCUGACUGAGUACAGUGCCUUCGGAAAGUAUUCAAACCCCUUGACCUUUUCCACAUUUUGUUACGUUAAUUGAAUCAAUUUUAGAAUAAGACAGUUUUUUCCCCCUCAUCAAUCUACACACAAUACCCCAUAAUGACAAAGCAAAAACAGGUUUUUAGACAUUUUUGAUAAUUUACAGUACCAGUCAAAAGUUUGGACACCUACUCAUUCAAGAGUUUUUCUUUAUUUUUUACUGUUUUCUACAUUGUAGAAUAAUGGUGAAGACAUCAAAACUAUGAAAUAACACAUGAAUCAUGUAGUAACCAAAAAAGUGUUACUACAUUUUGUAUUUGAUAUUUUUCAAAGUAGCCACCCUUUGCCUUGAUGACAGCUUUGCACACUUUUGGCAUUCUCUCAACCAGCUUCACCUGGAAUGCUUUUCCAACAGUUUUGAAGGAGUUAACGCAUAUGCUGAGCUCUAGUGCUUUACCUUCACUCUGUGGUCCAACUCAUCCCAAACCAUCUCAAUUGAGUUCAUCACUCUCCUCAUCACUCUCCUUUUUGGUCAAAUAGCCCUUAUACAGCCUGGAGGUGUGUUUUGAGUCAUUGUCCUGUUGAAAAAGAAAUGAUAGUCCCACAAAGCGUAAACCAGAUUGGAUGGCGUAUCGCUGCAGAAUGCUGUGGUAGCCAUGCUGGUUAGGUGUGCCUUGAAUUGUAAAUAUAUCACAGUGUCACCAGAAAAGCACCAUCACACCACCUCCUCCAUGCUUCAUGUGGGAACCACACAUGCAGAGAUCAUUCGUUCACCUACUGCGUCUCACAAAGACACAGCGGUUAGAACCAAAAAUCUCAAAUUUGGACUCAUAAGGUAUUUCAGUUUUUUAUUUUUAAUACAUUUGACAACAUUUCUAAAAACCUCUUCACAUUGUCAUUAUGGGGUAUCGUGUGUGGAUUGCUGAGGAUGUUUUUAUUUAAUUUAAUCCAUUUUAGAUUAAGGCUGUAACGUAAUGUGAAAAACUAAAGCGGCCUGAAUACUUUCCGAAGGCACUGUAUAUGAUGUGUCCCUUUUUCAUUUGGUUGGGAUAUUCUCUGACUACAAAUUAUAUUCCAAUAAACUUUGGUUAUUAUUGUA